AUGCUCAAUAUUGAAUUGAAAGUAAUUGAAGGUAAAAACUUGAAGGGCGCAGACUUUGGUGGACUCUCUUCUGAUCCGUAUUGCAAGAUUAUUACCAGGCAAUGCACACAACAGACUCAGACAUGUAACAUGACCCGUAACCCACAUUGGAACAGAUCCUUUAACAUGCAAGUUGCUGUAGGUGAAGAUAUACGCUUUGAGUGCUACGAUUACGACAACCUUGGAAAGAAUGACAGUCUUGGAAAGACACACUACAAAGUCAUCCAAGGAUUCCCAGGCCAAGUAAUCGACACAUGGCUUGGACUUGAUAAAAAAGGAGAAAUUCACAUUCAAAUUAUUCACAGAGGUGGUGCUCCUGGAAUGGCACCCGGAAUGUGUCCUGGUAUGGCUCCAGGGAUGGCUCCUGGUAUGUACCCACCACCAAUGGGAGCUUACCCACCACCAAUGGGUGGUGCAUAUCCUCCUCCUAUGGGAGCCUAUCCUCCACCAAUGGGCGCUUACCCACCACCAAUGGGAGGAUAUCCACCUCAGGCUGGUGCCUAUCCACCAAUGUAUCCACCACCUGGAUAUUAUUAA